AUGGAGAACGAUUCGACCUUCGUCGCUCCGGAAGGCGUCUAUUCUGUAACGGAGGAACACAAGUCUCUCCCACUCACCGCUACUGGUCCCCAGCCGAUAUACCCCACCAAACUUUCCACAGUCAUCGUCCGCUUCCCUUCUUCGUACAAAGGCGGUGCUCCUGGCUUGACGCAGCUCCUCGGUGGAGCGGGCAAAGAUUUUUGGAAGGAUAGGGCUGCAGCACCUCCCGGUCCAGCGAAGGAGGAUGGUCUCAGUGUAUCGAGCAGCGAGACCCCGGAGGAAAGCAAUAACUCACCAGAUGUAUCCAAUGUGCAGGACAGUUCACCUGUCACUCCCAUCUCUCCCCAAGAUCCUCCCCAUCACCACCAUGGUCUAUUUCACCACCAGCUUGCGGGGAAGAAGAAAGCCUUGACACGUCCCAAGCAUAAUAUGCGCACGACCUCUUCCACUUUUAUCACUCGGCUACACUCUGCGGAGGGUCUCUCCAGAUCGCUUCAGGCGAAGCAGGGAGAGGCUACAUACGUGUUCUAUAAUUCGGCAAAGAAUCUCUAUUGGGUGGAGGUUGGAGCUAAAACCAAGGACCCACUAGCCCGAAUAUCAUUCUCUGCUUUCCCCACAUGUCACGAUAUCAACCAAGCAACCGUAAACCAUGAGCGUAUGGAUAUUGUAGUUGGGUUUAACACUGGUGAUCUCAUCUGGUUCGACCCGUUCUCCCAGCGAUACGGCCGAUUGAACAAGCAGGGCAGAAUUUCCAGCUCUCCCUGCACUUCCGUCCGCUGGGUUCCCUCCUCAACAAACCUCUUCCUCGUCUCCCACGCAGACGGCACCAUAAUAGUCUACGAUAGAGACCGUGAUGACGGCGUCUUCACGCCAAACGAGCCGGCCUCCCGGCCUGCAUCUCCACCGACCUCGCCAGGCCCGCGCUCUCCACAAACACAGGAUGAUUUGCUACAAAGUGUAAGUGAAUGGAAUCCGCUGGAUAGUAUGUGUGUUACGAUGCCGUCGUGGCAUCCUGUCAAUGCGGCUGCGGCUGCUUCGGCGGGGAGAGGGGAUAAGGAGAAGUCGGCGAAGAAUCCAGUCAGCCAUUGGAAGGUGUCAAAACGAGGUCUUGUUGACUUUGUUUUCUCCCCGGAUGUCAAGUUUGUGGCCGCUAUCUCAGAAGACGGCUGUCUUCGAGUUAUUGAUGCGCUUGCAGAGCAACUAGUAGACUGCUAUGCUGCCUACUUCGGUUCUCUAACCUGUGUGGCGUGGUCCCCAGACGGUCGCUUCAUAAUCACAGGAGGCCAAGACGAUCUCGUCAAUAUCUACUCUCCCUGGGAACAAAGAGUGAUAGCCCGAUGUCAAGGUCACUCGUCCUUCGUUUCCGCCGUCGCAUUCGACGACGUCCGCUGUGAUGGCCGGACGUACCGCUUCGGCAGCGUAGGCGAGGACAACAAGCUCAUUUUCUGGGACUUCUCGAGUGGCAUCUUGCACCGCCCGAAAUUUCAAGCCCACCAACAACGACAAUCUAUGGCAUCCACGCUGUCGCUCGUGCUGAGAAAGCGAGAAAGAGAAGGGACUGUGGAUCGGUCGACCUUGCAUCUUCCGCCUCCGGGCACGGAGGGCCCGUUACCGAGAUAUCAUCCAGCGCCGUCCAGGAACGAGGUCGCGGUGGUGCAACCUGUGCUGGUGAAACAACUCGAAGGCGACAUCCUGACGGCGAUAACCUUCUUGCCGCGAUCGUUGCUGACAGCCACGAAGGUAGGCCUCGUGAAGUUUUGGGUGAGGCCACUCGCUGUGAGAUCGAGAAGGAUGAAGAAUGGGCAUGCGCAGAGGGGCAUGUCGAUCUCUAUGGAUGCGACUGAUUUGGGCUGA